GCCGCGCACGGUCCUACGAUCGCCGGGAGAAAACCCACAACAUACAUUGGUCUAAUUGUACUCGUACGUACUCGUUAUUCCCCUUCAUUGAUCGAGCAAUUGAAAGCAAGAGCAAAAGCAGCAGCAGAGCGUCAGCGAACAGAAGGCCAUCGAAGCUGGCGAAAUGGGCAGAACACUGGAGAUAACACCGGUAACGGUAACAGCAACGGCAAAUGGAGACCAUCAGAUGGAGAAACAGGCAACGGAUGUGGAGGGCAGCAGCCCGGUGAAAAGGCGUCAUGCCACCAGCAAUUUGGAGGCAGCCACACAUCUCUUUAAGGGCAGCGUGGGCGCUGGUCUCUUUGCGAUGGGUGAUUGUUUCAAGAAUGGCGGACUGGCGGGUGCCACCAUCUUGCUGCCGAUCAUUGCCGUGAUGUGUGUCCACUGCGAACGGAUGCUGAUUCGCGGCUCCGUCCUAGCCGUAGAGCGGACGCCGGGCGCCACCUUUUUCGAUUACCCAGAGACGGUGGAAAAAUGCUUCGAGUAUGGGCCGCGUCCCCUGCGUCGCAUGUCGCGCAUCAUGAAGCUCAUUGUCGAGAUGUUCCUGUGCGUCACGCAAUUCGGCUUCUGCGCCAUUUACUUUGUCUUCAUCACCGAGAAUUUGUAUCAGGUACUGCAACAGAAUGGAGUGGACAUCAGCAUGAGUAUGGUGAUGCUGAUCACCCUGCUGCCCGCCAUGAUCCCCUCACUGAUGACCAAUCUCAAGUACAUCUCGCCGGUGUCGGCCUUUGCAAAUGUUGCACUGCUAUUUGGCCUGAUUGCCACGCUGUCCAUAGCCUUUUCGGACGGACCGAUGCCACCGUUGGGCGAUCGGCAUCUGUUCACCAGUGGGUCCCAGCUUUCGCUAUUCUUUGGCACAGCCCUCUUCUCGUAUGAGGGCAUUGCCCUCAUCCUACCGCUGCGCAAUUCGAUGCGAAAGCCGGAGAACUUUAGCAGCCGCUUUGGAGUGCUUAACUCGACCAUGUUCUUCACUACGGCCCUGUUUAUCUUCACGGGCUUCGUCAGCUAUGUGCGCUGGGGCGAGGAUGUGGCCGGCAGCAUUACCCUCAAUCUCGUUGUGGAGGAUGUCUUGUCGCAGGUGGUGAAGGUUGUGGCCGCUUUGGGCGUAUUUCUUGGCUAUCCCAUACAGUUCUUUGUCAUGAUGAAGAUACUCUGGCCGCCGCUUAAGCGGUCCAACAGCUGUGCCCAAAAGUAUCCCAUCAGCAUGCAAGUGGCCCUGCGCUUCGUUAUGGUAAUGAUGACAUUUGGCGUUGCUCUGGUGGUGCCCCAACUGAAUCUUUUCAUAUCGCUAAUCGGAGCUCUCUGCUCGACGUGCCUGGCCUUUGUUAUACCAGUUCUCAUUGAUUUCGUAGUACGUGCCCAGGUGCCCAAGGGCCUGGGGCACUGGUCAUAUGCAAAGAAUUUACUUAUUUUGGCAGUGGCUCUGCUGGGCAUUGUCACUGGCACCUAUCAAAGCAUCGUCGAGAUUAUAAGACAGUUUAAGUAGGUAAAUCCGUUGUCAAGUCUUUCUUUGUAAAUAAUGCUGUAAUUUCUGUAUUAUGUGAAUGCGCUGUAAUGUUGUAAAAUUCGUUUAGUCUUAAGUCUUAUUCCUAUACAAUGUAUUUUUCCAUUUUUUUUUGUUUGUU